AUGAAAGACGUAAAACCCUCCACCCGAAUAAUAAACCGCAAUGGAAUAUUGCAACAAUGUAUGCGUCUUUCGAUAAAAAAGACUACUCCUACGCUUCCACCUGUCACGCUGCCAUUUCCUCCGCAAAUCGAUACAGCUGCCUUUGUGACGAAAUUGUUAAGCAAAAAAUUAGUUCGCUUCCCAAACGCAUUUAUCAUGUAUCGUAGCGAAUACGUGAGACAUUUGAAGAAGAAUAAUUAUCAUUUGGCAAUGACCGACUUGUCGUCCAUGAUUUCAUAUUCGUGGGAGAAGGAGCCAGAACACGUUAAAAAAGCAUACAAGGAUAUUUCUCUAGAGGCCGAAAAGUUAUAUGCGCAGAAAAACUGUUUCCAAGUUAAUGAUAUGACAACUGUAAUUACCACCACCAAAACCACCAAAGCAAGAAGGAGAAAGAAGCCGGCUUUUAUUGCUACACCAUCAAUGGAUGUACGAAAAUCAACGACCAACAACUCGACAGUUUUGAAAAAUCCAACGUCUGCUCCACAUGCGCAACCCACGGCUUUACAAAUUUCCGAGUCAGUGUUACCAUUAUCUCAACCUUUUGUCCAUGCUAAUUAUUUCGAACCGACAAAUUCAAUAUAUUCGCCGACGUUUGACAUGCUGGAAAACAGAAUGGGAACAGCGUUUGAUAAUAAAAUAAAUGGUUAUCGGUGUUCGUAUUGUACAUGGAACCAACAACAAAGUGGUGAUAUGACUUCCUCUCAAAAUACUGACGCCGUUAUGCCUCAGUACCCUCCUUCCGCCACUACCUCUCCGCAAUUUGCUUGCCAAAUCCAAUCCACCUUGUUCACUCACCAACCUACAUCUCAAUCCAAUCUACCACCGCCACCACUAUUUAAUCAAUAUGCUCCGAGCUCCGGUUUAAUGCUAUCGCCAAUAACAAGAGCGGUCUGUAGUUCUACUAAUGAAGACAGGACACACAAAAUUGCCGAUAUAAAAGGAGAUGAGUAUCAUGAGAACGUUCUUGAAAAGAAUCUAAAUUUCGAAUCAGGGUCUUUUGGCUAUUGA